AGACUACUGUAAGCUGCAUGUCCCUUCAAGCAAACUCUUCAUUGGUAGUUCAAUUAUUUCUUGUUGCAGGACAAAGGAUGGCGAUAAAAAUGAUGUCUACGAUUUUGGUGUAAUCUUACUUGAAAUCAUUCUAGGACGUACAAUCCUGUUCCAUAAUGAAGUUGGAACACUAAAGGAUCUCUUACAAGUAAGCCUAGCAACUGAUGAUAUAGCUAGAAGGAGCAUUGUUGAUCCAGUAAUUCAUAAGCAAUGUUCAGAUGAAUCAAUGAAGAGGAUGAUGGAGUUAUGUGUGAGAUGCGUCUCAGAAGAUCCUACUGAUAGACCUUCUGUGGAAGAUGCUCUCUGGAAUCUGCAGUUUGCGGCACAGGUUCAGAAUUCAUGGGGAAGAGACUCCAUUGAUACUGGAGAAUCACCUGCUUCACCUGCCCAAGAAACACAAAGUUCCUAAAUUGCAUGAUCAUAAGUACAAGGACUGAGGAACGUGUUCAUAUAUGGUAUUAAGAAUGUAGUGACUUGUAGUUAUGGAUAAAAUGAUAUCAGAGCGUUGAAGGACAAGUUCAGGGAUGAAUUUUUUAUGUUUAAUCUAGAUGGUGUUCAUAUGUGAAUUCUGUUUCUAUACCCA